AUGGGGUCCUCCUAUAGGAACCGCUCUGCUCACAUAGCGGAUAUCAAGGGGAAAGGAAUACUUUACGAGGAUGAUGAUGAACCGAUUAAACUGACUAGCCAGAAUGAUCCGACAAUCCUUGAUGAAUUCAGCUUGUCAUUGAUUGGAAAGAUCCUUAAUCCAAAGAAACAAAACGUCGAGAAACUACUCCAGAAAAUGCCAUCGCAUUGGGGGUUAGCUGAUUGCAUCACGGCUAAUGACUUUGGUAAUGGAAAGUUUCUUUUUAACUUUACCAAAGAAGAAGACCUUCAAUCGGUUCUGUGUAAAGGACCGUUUCACUUCAACUUCUGUAUGGUGGUGCUGGUCCGAUGGGAGACCAUUGUCCAGGACGAUUAUCCAUGGAUAAUCCCAUUUUGGGUUCGUCUGAUAGGGAUCCUUUUACACUUAUGGACUGAUCAGAAUCUGCGAAACAUAGGUUCUAGAUUGGGACAUGUCGACAAAGUGGAACAAACCGAGGGCCGUAUGCUUAUCGAGGUGGAUACCCGUAGACCUCUGAAGUUCACGCGUAAGGCUGAGUCGCCGGAAGGGGAUGAGGUCACGCUGGAAAUCAAGUACGAAAUGUUGGUCAAACAUUGCUCAACCUAUGGUAUGUUAACACAUGAGAAGGAGUAUUGCCCGUCUUUGGAGGUCAAAAAUAGGAUACAACCACAGACAGAGCGGCAAGAUGUGUUCGCUAGAGUGCAAGUCCCUUCGGACCAGAGGCACAAUCAACCUAAGCCGCAACCUCGUUACCGUAUGGAGCUAAGUCACGGCAGGUACAACCCAUCUCGUAGCUCGAGAUAUGAUAGUGACAGGAAGCUUGAGGAAAGCAACUAUCGAAGCUCUCAUUCUGAUCGGAUCAUACGCAGACGGGAUGAUCAUUCGAGGAGCAAUAGAUAUGGUGGAUCACGUGUUGGUACAGGUCCAUAUGACCGAAAACCUGCGUUAACCUGGAGACAGAAACCAUUAGGUGAGCAAAUAGGGAAUCGAGUGGAACUAGCUACUAAUAGCCGCGACAUUGUUCCAUAUGAACACUCUGCGGUCUCGAGAAGUGAUGGCAAAACUGAGGUACUGCGAUCACCUGAGAUUACGGUAACCAGGAGGCUGGCCAGUACCAUUGUUACUCCAUCUCGGGCUGACCAUCCUAUGGAAGAAAAUGUAACUAAACGUGCAAAGGAGGCUACUCGAUCUUUAUCAUUUACUGCCUUAAGUGAUCAGGAGCUGCAAGAUGGAGUUGGGGAUGGCCAGAUCAUUGGUGCCUUGAGUGACAUGCUGAUCAGCACGAUGGUGAGAUGA